CUGUCUUUACCUCGGUGCAUGCUGCCCCAGCUGAGGGAAAUGUGAAAUGGUGCGUAAUGUCGGAGCAAGAGUUGUAGAAAUGCGUGGACCAGCAAAUGCAGCGCAGUUUUCAUACGUAAAGAGGGACGGCUCUUUUGAAUGCCUCAAAGCCAUCCAGAUUUGGAGAAGGCAUGCACUUUCCAUUCCUGCCAGCAGAAGAAAUAGUGGAGCUUACCUUUGUGGCAAACACACACUCUCUCUCCCUACCCCUCAACGUUCAAGCAACCUAAGCAGUAGAUGAAACUGUGAAUUAAGUUGAGAAUUUGUUUUGUAAAAAUGAACAAAACAUUAAAAAAAUAUAGGACAAAACACACAUCACGACAAGAGAGACAACACAACACUACAUAAAGAGAGACCUAUAAGACAACAACAUAGCAAGGCAGCAACAUAUGACAACACAGCAUGUUAUCAACACAACAUAACAACAACAUGGUAGCAACACAACAUGGUAGCAGCACAAAACAUGGUACAAACGUUAUUGGGCAAAGACAACAGCACGAAGGGCAAGAAGGUAGAGGCAACAAUACAUCACGCAAAGCAGCCACAACUGUCUUCCCUCCGACCCCUCAGACACUUCAUACCCGUUCCCAUCGAAACAAAUGGUGUAGAUUCACGCUUUACUUCAAGAUGCCAAUCUGGCAAUUUACUCGCAAAUUGGCUGGCUAGUCAGCGCCACCCUGAUGCAGAACCACGUGAAAUGAACAAACCACCGCAGCCUAUAACGGGACCCACCUCUGUCCCACUCCCCUCCCCCUCCCCUGGCCUGACACAGGCUACCUAUGCCUCUGGACAGCCCACUUCUCUUGUCUUCGCCACCCAAACACCUCAACAAAUGAAUUCUGCACCGCAGCCACGACAGGACAAUGACCCAAAACUCACCUCCAGGCUGUGUAAGGGCUAUUUGACCAAGAAGUUUGCCACCGGGCCCCGUGCUUUACACCAACAGCCUUACUAUGCCAACAGACCCACCAUGCCCACCAGUGUCACCCGGGUCCAGACCAGCAGUGGGCCUCGUCCGGUUGGUCCCACCCACAUCUACCAGCCCAGCUCCCAGAUGAUGAUGAUCCCUGGUCAGCAGCUGUCCUUUGCUGGCUCCCCCCCAGGGCUACUUCAUCCCCCCUGGACAGCUGUAUUCCAGCAGUCUAAAGUCAAGAGGUAA